AUGUUUACCGGACUUCCAAGGUUAGCCAAAGUAUAUCUUCCCAAGGCUGGUAUCAGCUCUAGAAGAGCUCUAUGGAAGGAAACAACCUACUAUAGCCGCUGUACGGUCUCAUUUGGACGAAUGCUGGCCACUACAGGACCAAUUCCUGAUCAGAAGAUGAACGGGUUUUUAAAAAGGCUUCAACAGAAUCCGGAAAUCAUCGUGCAGUUGAAGAAAAUUAAUCAGUUAAUGGUGUCCAAAAAUUUGGUUCCUAAACCGGAAGAGAUGGUCGACCAGAACGUUAGAGAUGCUGUGAGUGAGUUGGGAAAAUCAAUGGCCAAGAGUGGGCUUGAACUUACAGCCGAUGACGUGAAGAUGCUUACUCAAUUCAUGCAAGAAAAUACCUACAAUGACAUUGGCGGAAAAAAGGAUGACGAUGAAGGUAAAAAGGAUUAG